UCCGAUGAGAUCGGUGAUCGAUUCGCAGCGCUUUGAGCGGGAAAGCGACAGGUGGAGGGACUGCGAUCGAUUGGUAGAGCCGGUGAAGAUGGUGGCCACUGAGCAGGCAGAGCAGCGGCAGUCAGACUCGCCUCCGGGGAGGGAGGAAGGUGUGCCAAGGGAACAGCUGAUUGCCACUGCAGUGAAGUUUUUGCAAAACCAGAGAGUUCGUCAGAGUCCAUUAGCAACAAGAAAAUCCUUCCUAAAAAAGAAAGGUUUAACUGAUGAGGAAGUUGAGAUCGCGCUCCAGCAGUCAAAUACUGCCAGUGAUGAGGAAAUGGCACCUGCCAUCCAACCACACCUGGUGCAGCCUUCAUACCUUGCUGCUGUGCCAUACAAUCCCAGUUCCAGAUGGCGGGAAUAUGGUGCCUUGGCAAUCAUCAUGGCUGGGAUUGCAUUUGGCUUUCACCAACUAUACAAGAGAUAUAUUUUGCCUCUCCUAGCAUCCAGCAAGGAAGACAAGAAACAUCUGCAGAGGAUCGAGUCGGGUAUAACCGAACUAAGUGGGACCAUAUCACAGACAGUGGCACAACUACAAACAAAUCUUACGACAGUGCAGGAGCUUCUGGAACGGCAGCAAGAGAGGUUGCAGGAGCUCUCCCAAGAACUGUCAAGUACCAAGGCUUCCUCGUCUACAAAUUGGCUUCUGGAGACUCAGAACAUUAAUGAAUUGAAAGCUGAGAUCACCUCAUUAAAAGGACUUCUCCUAAGCAGGCGACAGUUCCCGUCUUCCCCUUCAGCUCCGAAGCUUCCUGCUUGGCAGAUCCCUGUCAAACCCUCUACAAUAGCCACCACUGUAACAGUCAGCCACAACAACAGUAGUAGCGACAUCUCACCGGUCAGCGUUGAAUCUGCAUCCUCCUCGCCAGCGACAGAGAACCAUAGUCCAGAAGGGGGUAAUCUCGGUGGCCACAUCGUUAACAGCAACGAAGUGGAUGUUAAGUGUCAGGUGAGAAUGGAAGUCCAGGGGGAGGAGGAGAAAAGGCGAGACCACGAAGAUGAGGAUGAAGAUGAUGAUGUCAGUCAUGUCGAUGAAGACGAUUGUCUUAAUGUUCAAACAGAGGAUAGACGGGGCGGUGAUGGACAGAUAAAUGAACAAGUGGAUAAACUACGACGUCCAGAAGGUGCCAGUAACGAGAAUGACAUUAACUAAAUGUCAAGAGUGAUUCAGUGUUUGGCUUCCAUGAACAGAAUUUCCCUAAUUCCAUUAAUUUACUGUAAAUAUGUGCUUAUUGCAUCCUGAGCAGUGGAUUUUUGCAAACCAACAAAUUAUGCGGUGACACAAGUAAACACCGGGUGAAUUAGUGUGGCUUAGUUACACCCAUUUGCACUGUGGAGGCAACAUUAUUGCAUGACCAGGUCAGAAGUGUUCAGGAUUCAUCAGACGGAGAGUGUACAGCCUCACUGGUGAAGAAGUCAAACUGCUCAGCUCCCAUCUUCCUGAUUGUAUAGAUUGCAAACCCAGCAAAAUUCAACACCCCGCUUGUGAUGUGUGUUGUCAGCACUCAGUCAGCUGUUGAUGUGACGCAGAAUCAAUCAAGAAAACAUAGUAGGAAAUCCAGGCUCCCCUUAACCCAAAGAGGUAGUGCCAGUAACAAAGCUUCUCUAGGUGUCAGCAGUCCACGUUGAUAGAAGCAGCUCCAAGACCUGGUAUAGUUAACUCUUGCUAAAAACAUGAUUGGAAAUGAAGUUUGUGUCAGAAUUCUCACUGUAUAAUUGGAAUGAAUGAAAAUAGUGCAUUGAAAUUUUACAUCUGCAUUAGAAUAACUAAUUCUGUGUGACAUUAGGUGCAGUGCAGACAGGGGCAGAUCUGAAGAAUGCGUAUGUGGCAGUGUUGAUUUUGGUUUGCUUGAAAGGUUUUUUCCAAUUAUUUUCUGUUUCUAAUUCAAGAAAUCUUUUUUCCACCUUUCCACCAUUUCUUGUAAAAGCUCAAUAUAUUGCUAUAAAGAAUAGUGAAGUCAAAUCAAGUAUCACAACACCACACAAUAAAAGCAUCCAGGAAUACUCUGAUUAUGGAAGCAAUGUUGGUGAGUCCUUAUGCAAAUCACAAUAGAUAAACCAAAUUCCUUUCAGGGUGAGGGUAUGGAUCAUGAACUGUACAGGCAGGAUUUCAAAUUAUGCCUAUAACUAUACUAUGACACUCACUUCAGGUAUUUCUGUCCUCUUAAGGGCAGUGUUCCAGUCUCAGUUCCAGUUGAUGUAAAGACUUUCAGCAGUUCACUGAACAAAAAGCUGUAACAUUGCAUUUUCUUUUGUUUAGAGAUGGGAUUGGGAAGGCAAAAGUCUUGUGCAUUUUAAACACCUUUGUUUUAAUUCUGUUUGAUUCUAAGGAAGGUUUUAAUGUAAAAUGCCAAAGUACAGUGGCAAUGAUGAAGAAUAAGGCCAUUUGUUCUGAAAUGCAUUUGUGGUGUUUAAAAUUGAACUUUACAGUAAAGCACAUCAAAUGGUUCAAUACCUGAUGUAUUCAUUAAUUUAGAAAUACAGUUUAUGAUGUUGGCAAUUAAAAUGCUCCUGUCUCUUUAAAGUUAUUUAUUAUGCAUCGAGUA